AUGGCUAUUGUUCAAGACAUCGGUUACGGAUAUAGCAAUUUUCUUUACAUGAUAAUAUCAAUAGCAACGUAUCUUGAAGUCGCCCGUAGAAUACAUGUGAAUUUUGGUCGAUAUGAUUAUAGACUUUUUCUGAUGAUGACUGUGUUAACAUUCCUAAGUGUUUUUCCAAAAGUCAUGCUCACGACUUAUGGACCACAUCUCUAUUGGUGUGCAGAAAAAAAUUCUUUAACAAAUUUCCUGUCAAUCAUGAUCACAGUUGGCAUCCCAAUAUUGACCACAAUAAUUUGUUUCAUUCGUAUUCGUAUCUCCUUAGCAAAAAGGCGCUUUAUUCGUCUUAACAAUGCUGAUUUAGUAGGAGAUCGCACGGUGAAAACGGAAGAAGAGAUUAUAAUUGGAAAAGUUGCAAGAUAUGUUUUGGUUUUUGUGCUUCAAUAUAUUCCGAUGCUUGUAUUUGCUAUUUUGGUAUUUAUUCGUAGAAGUCAUCAAACUCAAACAUGGAGCUAUGUCUUACUAAUAUUUGGAUUUAGUUGUGGCGGAAUUGGCAAUGCCAUAAAUUUUAUUCUGAGCGAACGACUAAAAACAACCGAAGUGAAAAUAACAGAUCCUGAUUUUUCAUUAGAGAUCUUAUCCAUCAAAACAUCACCGCCACCUGAUAUUAGCAGUCCCGCUCUAAUUCGGCUCAAACAUGAAUCCAUCCUGGAAAUCGAUCAAGAUAUAGCAGGAUUUCCUACAAACUUACGAUGA